UCCAAGCAUGAGCCGUUCUUAUGGCAAGUAUCUCUCCCUGGUCUCUUCCUUGCCCUCACUUUGUCUUCAUUUCCUUCCAGCUCCUCCUUCAACCAACCCCACUCCUCCCCCAGAAGAUUAUCACACCUGAAGUGCUGAUUAUACGUCAUUUAUAUUGAAUCACCUCCGGACAGAAGUCUCUUCCUCGAAGAAAACGGCCGCACAUAUCACGGAUAUCGGAGAGGAGUCUAUAUGUUACCGUGUGAUGAGGAGGAGCAGGACCGUCUCGAUCUGUUCCAUAAGCUAUUCACAGGCAGGUGUGGGAGGGGAGGCUUCAGGAACAGACUGACGGCUCUGUGGGCAAAUUCUAGCUCUCCUGUGGACGCAACUUGCAAUAACCGGAAACCUCCAGAAGAUGCAAAUAAGUCUCAUAGUGGGCCUUGCUCCAGGUACCCAGAGCUCUGUCGUCCUAGGCGCAUGUUAGUAAAAUGCCAAGAAAAGUACCCAGCUGGAUAUACCCCGUGGGUAUACCCAGCAGGGUACUCGCGAGUCCUUGGAGAGAUACGUCAUUAUACGGUACUGGGUUGCGUCAUUUUGUUUCAAACGGCAAUAAUGCUGUUGAAUAUCACGUGAUGUCACAUUAGCAGGGAUCGGGAACAGAGAUAUAUAUAUAUGAGGCAUCCCGCCCCUGUAAGGAUAGAAGUAGUAACCAAAUC